AUGGGAUCGUCCACACAUAGCAUAUCCAUUAUGGAAGACAGACUCGCACUCGAACGGCGGAGGGAAAGGAAUAGACUAGCACAGCGGAAGCAUCGUGAAAAUGCAAAGUUAAGGAGGCCACGGCAAGCGAACAGCGACAAAACGCUACCUGAACAAAAUAGCCAACCAGGACAGGCACGGUGCACCAGAAGUUCAGGAAGCAAUAGCCAAGAAUGCCCACCAUUCUCAGCCUUUCUUGGCCCAGCCUUGGAUUACAACAUUGAUCACCUGUCAGCAGAAAAUUUCUUUCCCGAUGUGGUAUUCUCGCCGCAUGUUAACGAAUACAGCCGCAUGGAUCUGGCGUCUUCUACGGCACCGCUGGACCAACAGCAGCAACUGGAGCUCUCCCCUUUCACUGUGGACACCAUAUUCCAAACAAGCCCGAACAAAUGUAAUGGGGUCGGAUCUAGAACCUGGACAACGCCCCUCCAUAUUUCCGUUAGCCGCGGACAUCUCACAGCUGUGCGCCUUCUCCUUGACGGCGGUGCCGAUCCUAACGCCAUUGACGGAGAGGGCUCCACUGUGCUUCAUACGGCGGUCCGAAGCAGCCAUCAUAUUAUUGUGCGCGAGCUACUACGGCAUGGCGCAGAUCCGAGCGCCGUUGACGCGGCAGGCUGGCUACCGUUGCAUUAUGCCGCGGAGGCCGGUGAUGAGAAUUGCCUACGGGUCUUGCUGCAGCCAGGUGGGGAGUAG